CUUUUCAUUUCACUGCUAUACUACACCAUGUUACGGUUCCAACUUUCGCCAUCAGUUCUGUAUUCUAGCUGUUGUUCUCAGAUUACUUCCUCUGUCGUGCCUAUGUGUUUCAGAGAGUUGUUAGUGCUUUUACAUCUUUGAGCCCUUGCUUCAAAACGAGGAAAAGUUGCGACUUACGUAUUACCCUUUGUUUUAUGCACUUGGGCUCGAUAAUUAUUUGCAACUAUCUCUUAUAUAUGUGCCUGAGAUGAUCUUGAAUAGAUCUGCUAUUGGCGAGGACAUUAUUCUACCUAAUGACGGCACAGCUAUUUAGGAGAAGUUGAAUAACUGGUUGAUAAGCCUAAAUGAAAGUUCUUGGAGUAUUAGUUGAACCAAGUGGUAUAAUAAGUUAUUUAUAUAAUCCUUCUUCAUUUAGGAUGCCUUCGUUUUUUAUAAUUGUUCACUUAACUAAAAAGAAUAUGUCUAUAAUUCUUAAUUCUCUCAUCUCUUUUGAUUGAUGAUUUCCACUGCGUAGGUUAAUCUUAGAAAUUUUAGUGCGACCACAAAGUUGAUUGAGUGAAUUUGGUAUUUGACAGUCAUUUUGUACAGUGCACAAUAAAUGGGAUGGUUUCGACGUCUUAAUUUUCUUUGGCUUUAGGGAUGUGAGUAGAGCACUUCUCCCCGAUAGUGAGAAAUCUAUACUGUAACUCUUCCUCUAUGAAUGGCUUGGAUGUUGUAUUGCUAAGUCAGCCCGAUUAGAUGUGCAAGGAGCAUUUGUUUCCAGCAUAGUAAAAACUAAAAAUUAGAGAAUACGGUUGAGAAAUAGUGCAUAAUUAAGUAAUCAAUUCUUCAUCCAUUUUUGGUUUGUCAAACUUCUAUUGGUGUGGGUUGGUAUUUGCUGUGAGAUGAAAAGUUUGAACAAGGACUUUAAGAUGAAGUUCUUACCGUUCUAUGUAACAAUAAUUCUAUGUACCUAGCCAUUUGUAGCGCAUUUUGUAUUAAAUAUAGUAUGUUGUAGAUGAUGGGCCUCAAGUUUAGGGGUAGGUCGUUAGUAAUAGACAUAGGAUUGGAUGGCAUAGGUCAGUGUAUCACCAUUAUCAACUUCAUUAUAUUCAUGUUUUUCCUUCUCCAUGCUAUUCUUAUGGUUCUACUCUUUUUUUAAUCUCCGUGAGUGUUCGGAUUGCCUUAUGUGCACCUUAAAUAAUCUCUCGGGACAACUCGCCUGACUAUACGACAUUUGGGUGUCAAGGAAACUCGUUGGAAAUUAAUUCCUAGAUAUCUGUACUCAAAAUAUUGCUCAUGGAGCAAAGGCAAGUAAGCAGGAGGUACUAUACUGAGCUCUUUCUUCCAUGGUCCUAUCAAUGCUGGAUAUUGCUGAAUCGAAAUUGAAGUUAGUGGCUUGGUUUGGCAAUUCUCCCACCAAAGCAUUCUUAUGGUGUUUCAACGCAGCUUUUCUCAAAUCACCUUCAGCUUAAACUACAUCCUUCACUGCAAGCACUCCUAGUCCUGCCAUGUUUGGGGCCAUGAUUGAUGGAUCUCUUCAAUCAAUUAUAUUUUGUUCCUGCAAUGGUGUAUUAUCGGAACGCUUAUAAUAUGGUGCUGCACAAAUUUGGGGAAAAACUUUACUCUGGGCUUGUGAACACGAUGUCAUUUCAUCUGAAAGAAAUAUCUAAAGGAAUUGAAGCAGCUCAAGGAGAACUUUUUUUGGUAGAAUUGAACAGAAAAUGGGCAGAUCACAACAAGGCUUUGCAAAUGAUCCGAGACAUAUUGAUGUACAUGGAUAGAACUUUCAUCCCAAGCACUCACAAAACGCCUGUUCAUGAGCUUGGUUUGAAUCUAUGGAGGGACGUUGUUAUCCACUCUAGCAAAACCCAGACCAGGCUCCGAGAUACUCUUCUUGAACUUGUGCAUAUGGAAAGGAGUGGUGAAGUUAUAAACAGGGGUUUAAUGAGGAACAUUAUAAAGAUGCUUAUGGAUUUAGGUUCUUCUGUUUACCAAGAAGACUUCGAAAAGCAUUUUCUUGAUGUCUCUGCAGAUUUUUAUCGUCUCGAGUCUCAGCAAUUUAUUGAGUCUUGUGACUGUGGGGAUUAUCUUAAAAAGGCUGAGAGACGCUUGAAUGAAGAAAUAGAAAGGGUGUCUCAUUACUUAGAUGCUAGAAGUGAACCGAAGAUAACCAGCGUGGUGGAAAAAGAGAUGAUAGAAAGUCACAUGCAAAGAUUAGUCCAUAUGGAAAACUCAGGCUUAGUAAAUAUGUUUGUUGAUGAUAAAUAUGAAGAUUUGGGCAGAAUGUAUAACUUGUUUCGACGUGUACCUAAUGGGCUCUCUAUUGUAAGAGAUGUCAUGACAUCUUACAUCCGUGAUACAGGUAAGCAGCUGGUGACAGAUCCUGAUAGGAUAAAGGAUCCUGUGGACUAUGUGCAGCGACUUCUUGAUUUGAAGGAUAAAUAUGACAAGGUUAUCAGCUUGGCAUUCAACAAUGACAAGACGUUCCAAAAUGCCUUGAAUUCCUCGUUUGAAUAUUUUAUCAACCUGAAUGCUCGAUCUCCAGAAUUUAUCUCUUUGUUUGUGGAUGACAAGCUUCGCAGAGGAUUGAGAGGGGUUAGUGAGGAGGAUAUAGAAAUUGUGCUAGAUAAGGUUAUGAUGCUUUUCCGUUACCUUCAAGAGAAAGAUGUAUUUGAGAAAUAUUACAAGCAACAUUUGGCCAAGAGGCUUCUGUCCGGAAAAACCGUGUCUGACGACGCUGAAAGAAGUUUGAUUGUUAAGCUCAAAACAGAGUGUGGGUACCAAUUUACCUCUAAGUUGGAGGGUAUGUUCACUGAUAUGAAAACAUCUCAGGAUACGAUGCAGGGUUUCUAUGCAAGAUUUGGUGCUGAGUUAGGAGAAGGUCCAACACUAGUUGUGCAGGUCCUGACUACAGGUUCAUGGCCAACUCAAGCCAGCACAACUUGCAACCUUCCUCCAGAGAUUCUUGGGAUAUGUGAAAAAUUUAAAAGCUACUACCUUGGGACACAUACUGGCCGUAGAUUAUCUUGGCAAACGAAUAUGGGGUCAGCCGAUCUGAAAGCAACUUUUGGCAAGGGCCAGAAGCAUGAGUUGAAUGUUUCAACAUAUCAAAUGUGCGUGCUAAUGCUGUUCAACAAUGCCGAUCGUUUGAGUUAUAGAGACAUUGAGCAAGCUACAGAGAUUCCAGCCGUAGACUUGAAAAGAUGUCUACAGUCAUUAGCCUGUGUGAAAGGACGGAAUGUGCUCCGGAAGGAGCCGAUGAGUAAGGACAUCGCUGAAGAUGAUGCAUUUUUCUUCAACGACAAAUUCACGAGCAAGUUAUACAAGGUGAAAAUCGGUACUGUAGUUGCACAGAGGGAAUCCGAGCCAGAAAACCAGGAAACACGACAGAGGGUAGAGGAAGACCGGAAACCACAGAUCGAGGCAGCAAUAGUCAGAAUAAUGAAGGCAAGACGUGUAUUGGAUCAUAAUAACAUUGUCACUGAAGUCACAAAGCAGCUGCAAUCAAGGUUUCUUCCCAACCCCGUUGUGAUUAAAAAACGAAUUGAAUCUCUUAUUGAGAGGGAGUUUUUGGAGAGGGACAAAGAAGAUAGAAAACUGUACCGUUAUCUUGCCUGAACUUUGAAGAAUUUACGAUUGCCCUUAAUGUGUCCAAAACUUUAUACUACGGGCUCAUUGUUAUAACUUUCAUGAGUUGAAAUGUUACCAUUGAAUUGCCGCAGGCUUGGGUUGGUUAGAUGAACUGUCAUCUCUCUAUUGCCCAGCUCUCGUUUCCCUUUACACUUUUGAUCUUAUGGCUUCUUUUUGCUGAUUAUGCUCUACUGGUUUCACUAGGAUAUGGAAUCCAAAAGUGAAAGGUAGUUUCUGAAGGUUUAGGUGAUAUUCCCACAAAGAAGGUCUGGAAGCAGACUUGUACAUUGUAUUCUCUUGGAUUUUUAUGAAUGAUUAGAUUGCCACUUGGUUUGAA